GUAUCUUAUGCAUGUCAAAGUUCAGAGCUUGUACGCCUUUAACACCAGUGACUUCCGCAGUUUGUAUGCGAGGUGUGUUCGUCCUAGCGGUGUUAUGAAGUCGGUGAAUGGGAUACUUUGGCUCAUUUGACUCUGUGACUCGGUAAAAACGUAGACAUGGCACUACGCUCACCGUUUGGAUUGACCCGAGAUAAGUUGGCGGAAUUGCUCUCCUGUGGGGUGUGUUUCGAGAAGUACGAUGAUGGUAGCAGGGCGGCCAAGCUGCUGCCGUGUUUGCAUGGGUUCUGCACGGAAUGCCUCGGCCGGCUUGUGCGCGGUGCUCCGGUGCUCACGUGCCCACUGUGCCGUCGAGAUACUCCUGUACCAGAGGCCGGAGUCCAUUCCUUACCCGAUCACUUCAUCGUGACGAAGCUGCGGGAACUCGAUCAGGUACUCAAUAUCGAUGCCCAUCAAGCACGUCACGCUUUCCGCUGCGGAUGGUGCAAAGACGAAAGCCCUGCCGUGUGCUUUUGUCCUGGCGAGGAAUGCUCGGCGUUCCUUUGUGAAAAGUGCAAGGAUCACCACGAUAAUAUGAAAGCCUAUCACGGUCACGUGGUACACUCCAUGGAACAGGUGCAAGAGGACCCAGAUAUUUUAUUAUCACGGCAAAAGCUACAGUGCGAGCAGCACAUCAAGCAUGCCCUCUCCGUGUUUUGCGAGGAAGAGGGCUGCCAUCGGGCCAUGUGCUUAGUGUGCUCGACGACAGAUCACCGGGGCCACCAAAUUAUUGACCUAGAUCAGAAAUCUUCAAAGGUGAAGGAGGAGUUACAAAGACUUGCCCGGGCGUCCCAAGGUCAGAAGGUCAAAGUUGAAGAUAUCUCAGGGAGAAUUAGCACCGAGAUAAACAAGACAAGUGCUCGUUUUGAGGAGAUGUCGUCUGCAGUUUGCAAAGUGUUCGAGGAACUGCAGAACCAGCUCAAGACCAGGCAAGAGGCCGUCAUUGCUGACUUGAAGAAGUUGUGCACCGACAAGGCCAAUCAACUCAAGCACCAAACAGACCGCGCCGAGUCACUGGCUUCCCAGUUUGACUCGGCCUGUCAGUUCGCCGAGAGAGCCUGCGACAUCGGUAACCCCGUCGAUCUACUCAAAACCAGGGCACAGAUCAUCUCCAGGCUAUAUGACCUUAAUUCUCUGGAUGUCGACAAGUCUCUGCCGUUCCUUCCUGCCGGCGAAGCCUUCCUCUCCUUCACCGAUGAUCAUGACAGAGUCUUGUCCGAGAUUGAGAGCCUCAUUCCACGCCUGGGGCAUUUUGUCACAUCUGGUGAUGAAAGAGAUUUGAUUCCUAAGGUAAAUAUCGAAUUUCCAUGGAGACAUGGGUCGUCCGUGGAAGUCAAAGCCGUGCAGAAAGUUCGUAUCUCUGAGGACAGCCCAUCUUGCCCAUCCGUUGAAAGUCUCGGUGAGCGUCUUUUUGCGUAUCUGCAAUCCCCUGACGGCAGCACCACGAAUUGCAAGGAUCGCAGGCAAUGUGGUGACUUCUUUGAGUUCGAGUUCCAACCACUGGUAACGGGACAACAUCAGCUUAGUAUCAGUGUUUCUGGAUUGCAAGUCACUGGCAGUCCGUUCCAGAUCCACGUUGUCGAUCGACCCGUUCAGGCUGACGUUAGGCCGGCCCCUUCCAAAAGUCUCGACACCCAAGUUCUCCCGAGUGAUGCGACUUGGGCCGACGCCUUUGCCAGAUGUGAACACAGCGUUGUCUUUAAGCUCCGCAGUCCACAGAAUCGCCAGCCGCAACUCGAACAAAUAACGGUGCGGUGCACCAUGCCCGAUAUCCCCGAAGAACUUCGCUCUGUAGCUAACGUGAAGCCCUGGCGUUCGUCGUCAAACAGAGACUCCCAGUUGACUGGCAUCGAAGCUCACAUCAUAGAGACCGAGGAGAAAGGAACCUUCCGUGUCGCCUACACACCGCCAGCAGCAGGACAGCUGCUCGUGACAAUUCUCGUAGACGGCAAGCCCGUCACUGUCCAGCCAAUCGUCAUCACGGUCAACCCUUUACAUCCAGACUCCACGGAUAUGGUCACAUCAUGCUCAAUGGGGCGAUGUUACGAGGACGGUGCCGCGCUAGAUGUGCCAUGUACGGUGCUCAUCAGCACGCGGGACUACAUGGGCAACCGGCUGAGCAGCGGGGGGUAUGAAGUCACUGCAACGGUUAAACCUUCCAGUUUGUCGGAUGGCGAUUGGCCCUGUGAUGUCCAGGACAAAUCUGAUGGCAGUUACCUCGUUACCUUUACCCCACGGACCCCAGAGCCUCAUCUUUUCACCGUCAAGAUCUGUGGAUACGAGGUAAAGCCGAAUAUGCCCUUCGUGGUUCCCGUACACGACAGCCUGACGUUCAAGGAUCCCCCGGGCGGGUACCAGUCUCCCUCAGCGAUAGCUGUAGACAUAGAGAGUCAAGUCAUGUACGUGGCAGACGGCAAGAAAGGCUGCAUCCACCGUUUGGCGAUUGACAACGGCUGUUCCGUGUCUACCGAUUUGGGGUCACCCAUCGAUCUCACCCUACGCCACACCUUGCUGAUUGCCCUGAGCGCAGCAAGUAAUCUAGUGCUGCUGGUUCCCCGAUAUGUCUGUGUGAUCAUCUAUAAUACGAAGGGGGACAAGGAACUCAGCUGGCCAUGCGCCCAGGAAAACACGAAACCCGUCAACAUCACCAUCUCCGCCAAAGAUCACGUGAUCAUUGGUGACGGCAUGUUGCAGACUCUGUUUGUGUAUGGAAUGGCGGGUGAACAACUUGGCCGAAUUCAACUUCCAGAGGGCGCCCUUGGGUCCGGGCUACACAACGUCUGCACGGACCGCAACAACGACAUCCUCGUGGCCACGCACUCGGAGCCCUACCAGAUCCUGCGGUACCACUUAGCGACCGGAAACCUCGUCUCCCAAAUCGACUCACCCGUCGCACUCAAACAACUGGCUGUGGCCACGACGCCAGAGGGCGUCCUUAUCGUGGCCGCGCUCGGGGGAGUUCUUGUGUUGCAGCACAGCUCAGCUCCUGAGGGCGUCUCUAUUGUCCGUAGGUUUCAGACGGAUGACAUCUACUCGGAAUUGGCGUAUGUUGGGAAUAGAUGUUUUGUGGCUCUAGACCGGGGUAAGAAGCACCUGGCUAAAUACAAGUAUGAGCCUUAAAUGGCAAACCCAUGGAUAGGGGACUAGAUUAAACUGAACGAUGACGAUCUAACUUUGAUAUGUAUAUAUACAAGGACGUUCCACAAGAGGCUCUUGUUCUUCAUAUUUGUUCCGUUGUAUAUUUUGUGUCCCAUCAGGGUUGCAGUCAAAUCGACCAUAAGUCAUAGCAACGUAAAAUAACAACUCGAUCAAAGGUCAGAUCACAGGCAGGGACAUAGGGAAGCUGGUGUAUGUGAGCAAUUGCAACAAAAAUGACUUUGAUUGUCGCUAGACUUGUGUUUGAUUGACUUGUGAUUGACUUGUCGAAACCUGGCGAAACUGAGCCUGCCGGUCCAAUCUUCUUUCAACACCAACUGUUUACCCUUACCUUCAGAAUAUUAUUUCACAAUUGUUAUCCCUUUCCCCCACAUAUAACUGUGUAAAUAGUCAUGCUAAACAAACAAUUUAUUUUUCUGUAAACUAAUUUGUUUACGGCGCUCAGAUAGCUUCUCAUUUAUUGUUGAUCAGUAUUGCCUGUAGGUUUUAAAAUAGCUUCAAUUUAAUCAAAUACAACGUAUCAACUUGUUUCACUGCUCAUAAUGAUAAGCUCUCAUAAUAUUUACAGAAGAAAGCAGUAAUAAAUAGUUAAGUGCAUUAUUGUUUUUUUCCACAUAUAAUUUUAGAUAUAAGUAAUUAAAAGUAGCUUUUGACUUUGAGCCCGUAAGUGUUGUACCAUUGGAAAUAAUAUUUUUUGAGGCUUUAAAAUUAUUGUUUAAAGCUAGAUUCUCAUGAACAUUGCCUUCAUUUUCCUGUAGCAAAAAAAUGUAACUGUAGAAUAAGGUAGCACGUCUGACGCUUGUAUUUAGCUAUCACAAAACAAUGCGCAUACAAUUUGUUUUGCAAUUGUUCUGUAUUUUAAUAAAGGUUCAAGUUUAAUGAUAAUACAAGGUCAAAACUGAAACUUCAUAACUGACGCUUUCCUUCUUAUUUUUUUGGGACUGAUUUUCGAUAUGUUAUAUUAGGAAUAAGGUUAUAAAGUUCGUUCAGUUUAAAUUUAAAGAAACACAGCCAAAAAAAAAUCAUAUUAAUGAUGAAUUAAUAACUCUAUAGUCAAUAAA